GCUGACUGGCGCCAUCCUGAAAGAAUGCCUUCACUGUAAAAAAACACAGAGAGAGCAGUGCAUUCAGAGACAGAGGGAGUGAGCACUAGAGAGAGAGAGAGAGUGAGAGAGCUAGAGAGGGAGGGAUGGAAACAGGGGAAGAGGGUUACUACUACUGCGCAUAAACACAGUUUUGAUCAAACUUGUGUUCAGUCAGAAGGCAGAAAACUUAUCCAGAUCAACCCGACUCGGCCUGAACCGUCACACUUACUUGCUGAGUCUACGCAACGCAACUGAGAGAGAAAACUUGCGGAACUUGACUCGCGUUUUGGAUGCGUGCGCGGACUUAUGACCAACUUUUGUAUAAAUGCAUUGCAUUUCUGAAGUUAAUGCGCUUUAAUUGAACGGACGGAUCCAAGUUUGUAUUCGAGCUUCUGACAAUUUGUCAAUGACAGAAAGAACACAAACAAACGGACGGACUUUGUAAAAACAAAUUGUCUUGUUCAAUUUCAGGUGAUCGGAAGUAAAAAAAAAUCGAACCAGUGGAUUAAACAAAGGAGGAGUUUGGACUUCUUUGAACUUUCGUGUUGUGUGUAUCGGCGAGUGUAUGAACGUUUGUUAAAAAAAUAAACGAUGGAAGUAAGUCCGGAGCAGCACCGUUGGGUGACCCAUCACACGGUCGGCCAGCAUCCCGAGACACAUCACCCAGGACUGGGACACUCCUAUAUGGACCCGUCGCAGUAUCAACUUGCGGAAGAUGUGGAUGUAUUGUUUAAUAUCGACGGACAGAGCAACCACCCGUACUACGGGAACCCGGUUCGGGCCGUGCAGAGAUACCCACCGCCACCUCACAGUAGUCAGAUGUGUCGCCCAUCGUUGCUGCACGGCUCUCUUCCUUGGCUCGAUGGAGGUAAAUCUAUCGGCCCUCACCACAGUACCUCCCCCUGGAACCUCGGGCCUUUCCCCAAGACUUCCUUGCAUCACAGUUCCCCUGGGCCUCUGUCCGUCUAUCCUCCAGCCUCCUCCUCCUCGCUGUCCGCUGGCCACUCCAGCCCACAUCUCUUCACCUUUCCCCCAACUCCACCCAAAGAUGUGUCCCCUGACCCCGCAAUUUCCACGUCAGGUUCGGGCUCAUCCGUACGACAGGAAGACAAAGAGUGCAUUAAGUACCAGGUGUCUCUGGCCGAAAGCAUGAAGCUGGAUUCGGCUCAUAGUCGGAGCAUGGCCUCUAUCGGAGCAGGCGCGUCCUCCGCGCACCACCCCAUCGCCACUUACCCUUCCUAUGUACCCGAUUAUGGGCCGGGGCUCUUCCCACCAAGUAGCCUGAUAGGUGGGUCCUCUUCUAGUUAUGGUUCCAAAACGAGACCAAAAACAAGGUCCUCUUCAGAGGGUAGAGAAUGUGUAAACUGCGGGGCCACCUCGACUCCUCUGUGGCGGAGGGAUGGCACCGGUCACUAUUUGUGUAACGCCUGCGGACUUUACCACAAGAUGAACGGACAGAACCGACCCCUCAUCAAGCCCAAACGGAGGCUGUCUGCUGCCAGGCGAGCGGGGACCUCAUGCGCAAACUGUCAAACGACCACGACGACACUGUGGCGGAGAAAUGCCAACGGGGAUCCCGUCUGCAAUGCCUGCGGCCUGUAUUACAAAUUACACAAUAUCAACCGACCGCUCACCAUGAAGAAGGAGGGCAUCCAGACCCGGAACAGGAAGAUGUCCAGCAAGUCCAAGAAGAGCAAAAAGUCCCAUGACAGCAUGGAGGAUUUCUCCAAAAGCUUGAUGGAAAAGAACAGUUCCUUCAGCCCGGCCGCCCUGUCGCGUCACAUGACCUCGUUCCCUCCUUUUUCGCACUCGGGUCACAUGCUCACCACACCCACCCCAAUGCACCCAUCCUCCAGCCUGCCCUUCGCCUCGCACCACCCAUCCAGUAUGGUGACGGCGAUGGGCUAAAGCGACGGCCCUGCUACCUCCAAUCUCCCACCGGUGGACAUCUCAAAGCACCGUUAACCUUGAAGCCUGUCACCCGCCGCAACCCUCCAGCUCCCUCACGCGCUACAUGGUCCCCACUUUGAUACCUGUCCUGCUUAAAACCCCUAAUUUCCCCCGCAUUACCAGGAAAGAAAACAGACAGUAACUUUCUUCAUCGCCCCUCCAAGCCUCGCACUGAUGUCAACCUUCAUUUGUGUACAAAUGCCAUCUUUCCUGUAGGCAUCGAGGCACAAACUUUUACCAUACUUUAAAGUAACCUUCUCUAAUUCCCAAACCCCUUCUUCCUCUUGAUCGCAUCUCCUCUACUUCGCCCCCCCCCCCCCCCCCCCCCCCAACCUGUGAGACACGAGGAAUCGAGCUGUGAAUGAUAACAGGAGAUGAACUCUGCAUAUAUUUGUAAAAAAAAAUGUCUGAAAUACAUUUAAUGAAGACUUUUUAAAAGAGCGAAUAGGCGAGGACAGGAAAUGCCCGCGGGCAGCUAUUGAUAAGAAGGGUACGACUUAAACCUGCAAGGUGGAAUGACUCUGUCACGAUUUCUAUCCGAAAAGUAGGAGGUGAGAUGUAGGGAGAGGAAACCUAGAAUGGAAAUGGUGUGUAAUGCAUUAAAACUCGUAGUCAGGUCUGUCUCGCAGACUUCCAGCUACUCUUCUGGAUGUGUUAUAGGUCUUGGGCAAUUGGUUUGUGUUCACGCGUGCACACACACACACACACAUGCAUACACACACACUCACAUAUACACCCGAAAGACUUCUUUGGGCCCAGGUUAUAUGCAUUGUGAAAAAAAAAGUUCCUGUAUUUGUUAUUUGUAUGUAUAAUUCAGAGUACCAAAAAUACGAAAGAAACAAAGAUGUAGAAUUAUUUCUUUAUGUAAUGCAGACUGAAUGGUUGUACAAAUUUAAUAAUCACUAGUGUAAAAAGA